AUGGUACAUCGCCGUCAGCCAGAAGGAGAAACAACGGAUCAUAAGGGAAUUGACCGCCAUCAUCCCGCUGCGCAAACCAAAGAUGUGCAACGUGCUCGAACACAAGGACUCGAAGCUAGUCUACCGCAGAUACGCCAGCCUGUUCUUCAUCGCGUGCGUCGAAAACGACGACAACGAACUCAUCACGCUCGACCUCAUCCAGCGCUACGUCGAAAUCAUGGACAAGGCAUACGGCAGCGUGUGCGAGCUCGACAUCAUCUUCAACUUCCAGGUGGCGUAUCACGUGAUCGACGAGCUCGUGAUCGACGGCGUGAUACAGGAGAGCAGCGCGUCGGAGGUGCUGAAGCGCGUGAACCAGCAGGACCAGCAGGAACUGGACGAGUUCAUGGACGCCACGUACGCAUAGCGGCAGGCGCGUAUAGCUAUAAUGAUCGGACGCAUAUGGAUGACCUGUAG